UUUGUUGCAUUGCAAGUCGCGGUAUCCAGAAUUCCAAAUUCGCCAUGCUUUCGGGGGCCGCGCAGGCCACCGGCUUGGCGGCGUCGUAGCGCGAGCGGUCGCACGGCCACAUCCGCAUGGCCAGGCCGGCGCUGAAGACGCUCACCACCGGGGCACCGGAAGCCAAGGGUGAGUUCAUCCGUCUCUGCUCAAGCGGCCGCCUCAAGGAUGCCCUCCACCACCCUUUCCGGGACGUCCUCUGGUCGGACCCUAACCUCUUCGCCCACGUCUUCCGAGCCUGCCGCGCCAUCCCGCUCCUCCACCAGCUCCACGCCUUUGCCGCCACCUCUGGCGCCGCCGCCGACCGCUUCACCACCAACAACCUCAUGCUCGCCUACGCGGACCUUGGAGACCUCCCCACUGCGUGCAGGCUGUUCGAGAGAAUUCCCAAGCCGAACGUCAUGUCCUGGAACAUUCUGAUCGGGGGUUACAUCAAGAACGGUGACCUUGGAAGCGCUCGGAAGCUGUUCGACGAAAUGCCCACGAGGAAUGUCGCCACCUGGAAUGCCAUGGUCGCUGGGCUCACCAAUGCAGGGCUUGACGAGGACAGCUUGGGGUUCUUCCUUGCCAUGCGAAGGGAGGGAUUGCAUCCUGAUGAGUUCGGCCUUGGGAGCGUGUUCAGGUGCUGUGCUGGGCUCUCCGAUCUUGUCUCUGGACGCCAGGUCCAUGCAUAUGUCGUCAGGUGUGGAAUGGACAUUGACAUGUGUGUUGGGAACUCCUUGGCUCACAUGUACAUGCGGUGUGGGUGCCUUGCAGAAGGAGAGUCCGUUCUCAAAGCGCUUCCUUCUCUUACAGUUGUGUCAUUCAAUACCACAAUCACUGGUAGGACGCAGCAUGGAGACUCCGAGGGAGCAUUGGAGUAUUUCUCCAUGAUGAGAGGUGUUGGGCUAGCGGCUGAUGUGGUCACAUUUGUUAGUGUUAUUAGCUGUUGCUCAGACUUGGCAGCUCUCGCACAAGGUCAGCAAGUUCAUGCACAGGUUAUCAAGGCUGGAGUUGACAAGGUUAUUCCAGUCAUUACUUGCCUCGUGCAUAUGUACUCUCGAUGCGGUUGCUUAGGUGACUCGGAAAGAGUUUACUCUGGUUAUUGUGGAUUGGAUCUUUUUCUUCUCAGUGCAAUGAUCUCAGCUUGUGGGUUCCAUGGGCAAGGACAUAAAGCAGUUGAGCUGUUUAAACAGAUGAUGGAUGCAGGGGCAAGACCUAAUGAGGUUACUUUCUUGGCCCUGCUAUAUGCGUGCAGCCAUAGUGGUCUGAAAGACGAAGGCUUGGAGUUCUUUGAGCUUAUGACCAAGGCUUAUGGGCUGCAACCAAGUGUGAAACACUACACUUGUAUUGUGGAUCUUCUUGGGCGAUCAGGUUGUCUGAAUGAAGCAGAGGCCCUUAUCUUGUCAAUGCCUGUACGUGCUGACGGGGUCGUAUGGAAGACACUGCUAUCUGCUUGUAAAACCCAGAAGAAUUUUGACAUGGCCGAGCGGAUAGCAGAACGAGUCAUUGAGUUUGACCCUCAAGAUUCUGCGCCUUAUGUUCUGCUAUCAAAUAUUCGAGCUACCAGCAGGAGAUGGGGAGAUGUCAGCGAGGUAAGGAAAAACAUGAGGGAGAAGAACGUGAGAAAGGAACCUGGUGUCAGUUGGGUAGAGCUUAAGGGUCAAGUGCAUCAGUUCUGCACAGGAGAUAAAUCCCAUCCAAGGCAAGGAGAGAUCGAUGAGUACUUGGAAGAAAUGAUGGCCAAAAUCAGGCAAUGUGGCUAUGCACCAGACAUGAGCAUGGUGUUCCAUGAUAUGGAGGAUGAGGAGAAAGAAGUUAGUUUAACUCACCACAGUGAGAAAUUGGCGAUAGCAUUUGCGUUUCUGAGCUUACCUGGAGGAGUUCCUAUCCGAGUAAUGAAGAAUCUACGUGUGUGUGAUGACUGCCAUGUUGCUAUUAAGUUGAUGUCCCAGGUCACUGGUCGAGAGAUUGUGGUCAGAGAUGUAAGCCGCUUUCACCAUUUCAGAGAUGGGAAAUGCUCCUGCCGUGAUUAUUGGUGAUAGGAGCACUUAACUAUGCGUAUCUUUUCCAUUUGCUGUCAGGAACAAGAUCUGUAUACUUGGUUUAUGGAAUUUUUGAAGUCAGCAUGUUUGGGUCUACUCAACCGAGGGACAGGCUAUUGAAUUGACUAUUUGAAUUUCAGCUAGUCUGCGCCAAUUUGACCUGUACUCUGGAAAUCAUUAAUUUUGCCGGGUCCUUGAUUCUCCAGAAUAAACGCAUUCACUAUGAAACUCAAACAAACCAUUGCCUUCUAUAAGUGAUGGACUAGCAUUUUUCGCCCAACUCUUGCUAGGAUUCUGAAGUUUAGGAUAUACAUUCUGAAUGAUAUGAAUAUUAGUGGACAGCGCUGAAAUACAAGAUUUUGUUUCUCUACAACUAAUCCUCUGGUUGUCGAUGUCCGUUCAUCUCUUGCCAAUAUAUACAUGCCCUUAAGGCUUUAAAUAUCUGCUCAGGUUGGUCAUAAAUUUGGAGCAUGUGUUGCUGGAGCCUGGAGGUUCUGAAGGUUCUGAUCCUUUUGAGAGUAUGGCAGUAGAAACGGUGGGUGCACUGAUACAUGGAGCUACAAUGGUGCAACGCUACAAAAUGGAAGGCAAGUCUCUUUUGCUUGUCAUGCAAUAACUCUGAUUGGUAUGUCAAGUGACAUUGUUUUAUUUCUUUUCAAUGGAUGUAUAUUUUGGUCAAUAAGAUUUUUGCGGUUCAAGUCC